AUGGGCUACGAAGAAGCGUCAAAAGCUUAUCGAGUGUACGACAUUGAGGCGGACCAAGUGGUGAUCAAUGCGGAGUUGGACCUCGACCUCCUGGCGAUCAACGAGUACGACGUGCGUCAAACCGUCUACAAGCAGACUGGCAAGCGCAAGAGUGAAGCAAGACCCGGCAUGUCACGUUCAGCUCGCUUUCGAACUGGGUUGGAACAAGCAAGUGCGCCGGAACACGUCUACAACCGUCACCAGAAACGACGAUCAAGUGCUCCAGAAACGAUGUCUGAUGACGAAGAAGAUGCAAGCGUCUACGAUCAAGAUGACGACUCGACGCCUCCAACAUUUUGGCGUGCAAGUGCAAACGCAGUGGAAGCAACGGACAUAGCAGAACAUGUGACUUUUCAAGACGCGAUCAAUGGUCCUGAUCAAGCUCACUGGCGAAAUGCUGUGAAGGCGGAACUCAAGUCGAUGCAUCUUCGUGGAGUUUUCCGUGCGGCAAAACUGCCAAGAGGCCAAGGCGCGAUCGGCACCAAGUGGGUGUUCAAGAUCAAGCGCAAAGCGGAUGGAUCGGUCGAGAAAUACAAGGCGCGUCUCGUUGCCAAGGGCUUCAAGCAGAAGUACGGCAUCGACUACACAGAGACGUUCUCACCCGUGGUCAAGUACGUGACACUGCGUAUGGUGAUCGCGAUCACCAAGUAUUUCGACUGGUCACUGGCCCAACUCGAUGUGGUGACAGCCUUUCUCUACGGAGUGAUGAAGGAGAAGGUGUACUGCGUGAUACCAGAAGGCGUCGAGAUGGAUGGCGACUUCGACUGUCUCGAGUUGGUGAAGGCGAUCUACGGUCUCAAGCAAGCUUCACGUGUGUGGAACGAGACUUUCGACGAGUUCGUAUGCUCUAUCGGUUUCGAAGCGUCGGCGUUCGACCCAUGUCUCUACAUCAAGGUUGUCGACGGUCACUGUGUGCUCGUGCUGGUCUACGUGGAUGACGUGUUGGUCACCGGCAGCUCGCUCGAGUUGAUUGCGCAGACGAAGGCCGACCUCAAGACGCGUUUCGAGAUGACCGACAGUGGCAAGUGUACUUUUGUACUGGGCAUCGAACUGGUGGACGAAUCGGAUGGCAGCGUGACGAUGUGCCAGCGACGGUAUGUCAACGACAUCCUCAAGCGCUUCGGCAUGGAUGAGUGCAAGGCCAAAGCAAGUCCGGUCGAUUUGAGCACUCGGCUUGUCGCAAGCAGCAAAGCGGCCAAGAUCGACGUUCCGUUUCGUGAAGCUGUGGGAGCUUUGAUGCACUUGACGACUGCGACGCGCCCGGACAUUGCGUAUGCUGUGGGGUACGUCUCGCGCUUCAUGGAGAAUCCGCAGCAAGAACAUUGGACGGCGGUGAAGCGCAUCUUUCGUUGCUUGCAAGGGACCAAGUCGCACGGACUCCGCUUCCAGCCAAGCGACAAGAUCGACUUUCGUGGCUACUCGGACGCGGACUGGGCCGGCGACCACGCUGAUCGCAAGUCAUGA